AUGCUCUUCGUAUUUUCCUCUAUGUGCGGAGUGACCCUGGUCGCAUCCAAAUUCAUCAUUUACACUCAGCAGCUCAAACUAGCUUCGGGAGGAGACAAUUCGAGCAGCAUCGCGGUCAUCGAGAAACCCUUGCCCUACGUUGUGUGGCGACCGGUGGACGAAACCGCUCAUUAUUUCAUAGCUUUCUUCAUCGACGUUCUCUCGGCGAUUAUCGGAUGCACUUUCAACACGGUCACUCAAUUGAUCAUCUUCUCUAUACUGACGUUUAUCGCCGGGCAAUUGGAGAUACUCCAACAGCGGUUUAGAAACUUGGGAUUCCUCUGCUCCAAAGCGGGCACUUUUGAUGGAAAAUUCGAGGUACUGAAAAAACUGAUUUUGGAACACCAACAACUUAUAUCAUAUGUAGAAAACUUGGAUGAUAAUAUGAAGUACAUCAUG